UGUCUGGGCUGGCUCCUCUUUCAGGAACAAUUCAGGCUUCACAACAACUCAGACCUCAGUUCCAACGUCUGCGUCUGCCUUCAGAAGAAAGAAUGGCUGGGAUAGACAGAAUGUUUCACUGUGGAAGGAAACAAUGUUCCAGGUUAAGCUGAGUUGGCCAAACACAGACAUUCAUGAUGAUUCUAGAAGAAAUCUCAAGUCUUAUGUGGCUUUUCUGCGCCUUGAUUCCAUGUUUGCUCACAGAUGGAGUUGCUGUUCUGCCUGCCCCUCAGAACCUCUCUGUACAAUCAACCAACAUGAAGCAUCUCUUGAUGUGGAGCCCAGUGAUUGUGCCUGGAGAAGUGAUACACUAUUCUGUUGAGUACCAGGGAGAGUAUGAGAGCCUGUACCUGAGCCACAUCUGGAUCCCUAGCAGCUGGUGCUCAUCCACCAAAGAUCCUGAGUGUGACAUCACUGACGACAUCACUGCCACUGUGCCAUACAACCUUCGUGUCAGGGCCAUCCUGGGUUCACAGACCUCAGCCUGGAGCACCCCGAAGCACCCUUUUAAUCGAAACUCAACCAUCCUAACCCCACCUGGAAUGGAGGUCAUCAAAGAUGGAUUCCACCUGGUUAUUAACCUGGAAGACCUGGGGCCCCAGUUUGAGUUCCUUGUGGUUUACUGGAGGAGGGAGCCUGGUGCCAAGGAGCACGUCAAAACUGUAAGGAGCGGGGGCAUUCCAGUGCACCUGGAAACCAUGGAGUCAGGCGCUGUGUACUGUGUGAAAGCCCAGACGUUCGUGAAGGUCAUUGGGAGGCAGAGUGCCUUCAGCCAGGCAGAAUGUGUUAAGGUGCAAGGAGAGACCCUGCCUCUGGCGCUGGCCCUGUUUGCGUUUGUUGGCUUCAUGCUGAUACUUGUGGUUGUGCCGCUCUCCAUCUGGAAGACGGGCCAGCUGCUCCGCUACUCCUGCUGCCCUGGCGUGGUACUCCCCAACACUUUGAAAAUCACCAAUUCACCCCAGAAGUUAACCAGCUGCAGAAAGGAAGAAAUGGAAGUCUGUACCAUGAGCAUGCUGUCUUCUGAGGAACUCUUCAGGUCUGGAUCUAGCAGGCGUAAGGAAGGGCCAAGCUGAAGCUGAGAAACCUGGUCUGCAUGACACAGGAGCCAAGAGGCAAAAGGCUGUGUUCUGCUCUCCUCCAUGGACAAAGGACAAGAG